AUGGCGAAAUACCCAUUUCUGGCAGAAGUAUGGACCGAAUUCGCCCUAGGAUUGCUCGUCAUGUGCGCCCGCAUAGCAUGUCGGGUCAGAUCAGUAGGAAGCAAAUGGGACGGAGAUGACUACCUUACCAUAGUGGCAGGUAUCCUCUGGACGAUUGAAAUAAUGCUACUACCAGCUAUAGGGUCCCUCGGUAGCAUCAAAGGCAUGACGGACGAAAUUGCCCGCACCCUCACCGAAGAACAGAAGAACCGCAUUACAAGUGGGAGUAAAUUAGUAUUCUUGGGCUGGUUCAUCUACGUCACUCUGAUAUGGGUGCUGAAGGCGUGCAUGCUAUAUCUCUACGGGAGAUUGACGCUGGACCUCAAGCAACGGAAGCUGGUCAAGUUCACGGCGGUGGUUUGCGUCUUGGCAUAUAUUUCCGCUGUUUUGGUUAUGCUAUUCCACUGUAGGCCGAUGUAUAAGAACUGGCAGGUGUACCCAUACCCGGGAGAUUCCUGCGCCUUGAAUAUACAUAGCCUUUAUGCCCUUGCCGUCACGAACAUCAGUACUGAUAUAUUCAUUGUGGCUAUACCGCUGCCGCUGCUUCGGAAAGUCCAGAUGCCGUGUCACAGGAAGCUGCUUUGUGGACUUUGGCUCUGCACAGGUAUCUUCGUCAUAAUAGCCACAUUCCUCCGCUGCGUAUUUGGCCUCCAAUUCCCGACCAGUGUCAGCAACGGAACCAUUUGGUCCAUCCGAGAAACCGUUGUUGCCAUCCUCGCCGCCAACACCCCCGUCAUAGGACCCUGGAUUGCCCGUACAGCGCGCCACCUACCCGUUCUUUCGUCGGGCGAUGGCUCCAAAACCAGCCGGAAGAGCGCUGGUACGCCGGCCCCGGGGGGUCACCAGUUUUCUCGUAUCGAGAGACUUGCCAAGGAGAAUAGAAUCCGGAGAGGACUGGGCCUCUCGACAAUUGCCGACGCCAGCAAAGAGAACGUCGUAACAGUGGAGGAGCAAGAGUUGCAGCAUUUGAGCCAUUCACAGGCUAAUAUGAGCGUGAAGAUGGAGAAUGAGGCAUCUUCUGCGAAUGUAUGA